GCCUAUUCCCGCAUCGAACGCCUUGUGGCAAUCUUACCCUCAAGACUGCUGCUAUUCAGGUUGAGUCUCACAGCUUUCAUCAUGCCCGGCGUAGCCAGUGCUGAUUCUGUGGCCCUGAGCCCUCUUGAUCACAUUCCCGCCAAACUCUUCCUGCCAUUCAUCUUGUACUUUGAUACACCCGACCCACAAACUGCGCUCAACACCCUCAAGGGUGGCAUUGACAAGCUCGUUUGGCAACUGCCUUGGUUGGCGGGUGAUGUGGUCUUCCAUCAAAAACCCGAUGGGCAGAAGGGUCGUAUGCACAUCGCACCACCGCAGGUCCCUCUCUCUCAAGUCUCCAUGCUACAGAUAAAGUACUUCGACCAAGACAAGGAGCUACGAUCGCACCCAGUGCAAGCGUACCUGGCCCUCCCCACGUUCAUUCCCGCCUCGGAGCAGAGACCCGUGCUCCGCUUCCAGGCCAAUGUGUUCCCCAGCAAGCUCGUCCUGGCCAUGUCCUUCUGGCAUAACGUCUUCGACGGCACGGGAGCCGGCGUGAUCCUCGAAGCCCUAGCUGAGUGUUGUCAGUUCAGCACGGAGCAAACCGAGACUCCUCUCGCCCAGAUCAUCGCAGCGACGCACAUUACCCUCCGCAACCACGUCUCCAGCUUCCCAGCCCAGUGCAAGACCCGUCUCGACCACAGCGUCGAACUGGGCCCGCCCGUCUUCGACCCCAGCACCUCCACGGAGCAGUGGAGCGCGAUGGAGUCCGCGCUGGCCUUCGUGGUCGAGACCAACCGGUACACCUUCGAUCCACACAAGGUAGCGCAGCUGAAAGACCUCUGCACGGAGCAGCUUCAGACCCUGUCCCCGACAACUGCAAGUUGGAUCUCCAGCAACGACAUCAUCACCGCGACGCUGGCCCUCUGCGUCGACCGCGUGCUUCAUCCAGAGCGAGCAUCAACCCCCACUACCACUACCACCACCACCCCCGAGCCAGCGGACUUCCUCAUGGCCGUCAACCUACGCAACCGCGUGCGUCCCCGCAUCCCAGAUACAUACGUGGGGAACAUGAUCUUCCCCAUCCACGACACAAUCGACCCACCGAAGCCCCUCCCCUCGGCAGAGGAUCACCCCACGACAGACGAGGAGAGAGAUCUCCGCCGCCUCGCGCAGCUGGCCUUAAGAGUGCGCACCCGACUGUCCGCGAUGGACGAGACGGUGGCGUACAGCGCCUCGGCCGUCGUGGCCGACCACGACGACUGGGCGACGGUCGAAGGCCGACCCGCGGGGAUUAUUGUGACGAGUUGGCGGGAUCUCAACACUUACUCCUUGGACUUUGGGACGGGGCUAGGAUAUAUUGAGGAUUUUGAGCCGGGGCUGGCGCUGGUGUCGGGGGGAUGUAUCUUUCUCCCGGCGCGGAUGUCUGGCGGUGGGGUCCGGGAUCGUGCGACUGCGCCGUGGGAGGUGUGCGUCACUUUGAGGGUGGGGGAUUCGGAGACACUGCUGCAGGAUCCGUUGUUCAGGAGGAUCCUUGCGUAGGGGGGAGGAUUGGUGAAUGCUCUUGGCUUGGGAAUGGGGGGCAUGUACAGUACAGCUAGUCAGCCACUCGGGCUUGGUGCCAGAGCCUUGGUUUAGCCAGUGAUUUUGUACUUGAGAGCUAUGCUUGACGAGUGCUUGAAAGCAAGGGCUUGAGGGCUGAAGGUGGCUUGGUGUGAAAGUAUAUAUGCCAUGGCUCUGGCUGGAGAUAUGCGCAGUAAUAUUUCGGGGUUAGAGAAGAAUGAGUGGGUGCUUGGGCCAACGGUUUAUCUGCUGGUUGAGGUCGAUCCACUGGUGAAGUGGCUAUGGAUGGCCGCCGUUCUGCUCUGCGAAUUUACCCAGCAACGACUGCAGCAAAACAUUAGCAGCAUAAAGCCUACUUUGGACCCGGAUUUCAACACAUG